UGUGAGAAAAGGGGGAAAAUGCCCAGGAGGAAGCAGGAGCAGCCCAAGCGCCUUCCCUCACAUGUUAGUAGGCAGGACGAGGCGGAGGGAGAACUCAGUGAAGGAGAACACUGGUAUGGGAACUCUUCGGAGACGCCGUCGGAAGCCUCCUAUGGAGAAGUCCAGGAGAACUAUAAGCUGUGCCUGGAGGACCGGAUCCAAGAGCAGUCCACGUCCCCCGACACCUCCUUGGGAAGCGCGACCCCCAGCAGCCACACGCUGGAGCUAGUGGCACUCGACGGGGAGGUCCUGCGAGACCCACUGCAGUGUCCGGAUCACCUCUCCCCCGGCGUGUCUUCUCUGUGCGAGGAGGACCACCCAGGCUCCACCAAGCCCCUGAGCAGCAACUUGAGGCGGCUGCUGGAAGCCGGCUCCCUCAAACUGGAUGCCGCGGCCACGGCCAACGGCAGGGUGGAAUCCCCGGUCAACGCGGGCUCGAAUCUCUCCUUUUCCCCGCCGUCCCACCACGCCCAGCAGCUCAGCGUGCUGGCCAGGAAGCUGGCCGAGAAGCAGGAACAGAAUGACCAGUACCCUCCAAGUAACCGUUUCCUAUGGAAUCAAGGUAAGUGGUUGCCAAACUCAACCACCACCUGCGGCUUGUCCCCGGAUUCCGCCAUCCUCAAACUGAAAGCUGCAGCCAAUGCCGUCCUGCAGGACAAAUCGCUGACCAGGACGGAGGAGACCGUGCGAUUUGAGUCCUUUUCCUCCCCUUUCAGCUCCCAGUCUGCCAGCUCCACCUUGGCAGCUUUAUCCAAGAAAGUCAGCGAGAGAAGCUUGACUCCUGGCCAGGAACACCCGCCCCCGGCCAGCUCUUUCCUUUCCCUGGCUUCCAUGACCUCCUCGGCGGCCCUUCUGAAAGAGGUCGCGGCGAGGGCUGCCGGGACCCUUCUGGCUGAGAAAUCGUCACUGGUGCCUGAGGACCCUCUACCGCCACCGCCUUCGGAGAAGAAGCAAGAGAAAGUAACCCCGCCUCCUCCGCCGCCGCCGCCUCCGCCGCCUCCGCCACCGCCACAGUCCUUGGAAUUAUUGUUGCUGCCAGUUCCCAAGGGAAGAGUGUCUAAGCCCUCCAACUCAGCCUCUGAAGAGGAAAGCGGAAAGCCUUUCCAGUGUCCCAUUUGUGGUCUGGUUAUAAAAAGGAAGAGUUACUGGAAGCGGCACAUGGUGAUUCACACAGGUUUAAAAAGUCAUCAGUGUCCGCUCUGUCCGUUCCGGUGUGCUCGCAAGGACAAUCUCAAAUCCCACAUGAAGGUUCAUCAGCACCAGGACCGGGGAGAGACCUUUCAGUGCCAGCUCUGCCCCUUCACGUCCUCCCGCCACUUCAGCCUGAAGCUCCACAUGCGUUGCCAUCAGCACUUCCUGCGGACAGAAGCCAAGGUGAAGGAGGAGAUCCCAGACCCCGAGGUCAAGGGGCCGCCCCACCUCAGUGACAGUGCCUGCCUGGGGCAGCAAAGGGAAGGAGGAGGGACAGAGCUAGUGGGGACCAGGAUGAAGUCCAGCACUCCAGAGAGGACUAGCCAGGGUGGGGCUGGCGUCUCACCUUUGCUGGUGAAGGAGGAGCCCAAGGAAGAUAACGGCCUGCCAACCUCCUUUCCUCUGAAUGCUACUGACAGGCCAGCCAACCACACAAAGCUGAGAGAGCCCUCCGAGUUCGCGGCCAACAGUGCGUCCGCGUUGUUCAGCCAGGACAUCUCUGUUAAGAUGGCGUCUGAUUUUCUCAUGAAGCUGUCAGCUGCAAAUCAGAAGGAGCCCAUGAAUCUCAAUUUUAAAGUAAAAGAGGAGCCUAAGGACGAGGAGACCCUAAGCGUCACAUUGCCUCGGUCUAGCUAUGUGUUCAGCCCCGAGUCUGAAGUGUCAGCCGCGAGCAUCUCUGAGGACACGCUUAAGCCCCAGGAAGCAAAGGGCAACGUCCUGAGACGGGAUAUGUCAGUUAAAGCAGCAUCUGAACUUCUCAUGAAACUAUCAGCGGAAAGCUACAAGGACACUCAGAUGGUGAAGAUUAAAGAGGAGCCUAUGGAGGUUGACAUCCAGGACUCGCAGGUCUCAGUAUCACCCAGCUGCAAUGUUGGCUACAGCACUUUAAUCGGGCGAGAGAAAACGGAACCCUUGCAGAAGCUGCCAGAAGGCAGAGUACCCCCGGAGAGAAACCUAUUCAGUCAGGACAUCUCCGUGAAGAUGGCAUCUGAGCUGCUUUUUCAAUUGUCAGAGAAGGUGAGCAAAGAGCACACUCAGAAAGAAAACACCAUCCGGACGACCACCAGCCCUUUCUUUUCAGAAGAUACCUUUAGACAAUCACCAUUCACCUCCAAUUCAAAAGACCUGCUGCCCAGUGAAUCUGUGCUUCACGGAAGAAUAUCAGCUCCAGAAACAGAAAAGAUAGUCCUCGAGGCAGGAAACGGGUUGCCCUCCUGGAAAUUCAACGACCAGCUCUUCCCCUGUGACGUGUGCGGGAAAGUAUUUGGCCGACAGCAGACGUUGUCCCGACACCUGUCUCUGCACACAGAGGAAAGAAAAUACAAAUGCCACUUGUGCCCCUAUGCUGCUAAGUGCCGCGCGAACCUGAACCAGCACCUGACCGUCCACUCGGUGAAGCUGGUGAGCACGGACACCGAGGACAUCGUCAGCGCCGUCACCUCUGAAGGCAGUGAUGGGAAGAAGCACCCUUAUUAUUACAGCUGUCACGUGUGUGGAUUUGAGACGGAGCUCAACGUCCAGUUUGUCAGCCACAUGUCGCUCCACGUGGACAAGGAGCAGUGGAUGUUCUCCAUCUGCUGCACAGCCUGCGACUUCGUCACCAUGGAGGAGGCGGAGAUAAAGGCGCACAUCGGCACCAAGCACACAGGGGAAGACAGGAAGACCCCCAGUGAAUCAAAUAGCCCCUCUUCCUCGUCCCUCUCAGCUCUGAGUGAUUCAGCCAACAGCAAGGACGAUUCAGACAGCUCUCAGAAGAACAAGAGUGGAAGCAACCUGCUGGUCAUCUCUGUCAUGCCUGGGAGCCAGCCCUCCCUGAAUAGUGAGGAAAAGCCAGAGAAAGGGUUCGAAUGCGUUUUUUGCAACUUUGUCUGCAAGACGAAGAACAUGUUUGAGCGCCAUCUGCAAAUCCACCUGAUCACCCGGAUGUUUGAGUGUGACGUGUGCCACAAGUUCAUGAAGACCCCCGAACAGCUGCUGGAGCACAAGAAAUGCCACACUGUCCCCACCGGUGGGCUCAAGUGCCCAUUCUGCAUUUAUUCCACCAACCGCCCCGCCGCCAUGGAGUGCCACGUGAAGACCCACUACAAGAUGGAGUACAAGUGCCGGAUCUGCCAGACGGUGAAGGCCAACCAGCUGGAGCUGGAGACGCACACCCGCGCGCAUCGCCUGGGCAACCACUACAAGUGCGACCAGUGCGGCUACCUGUCCAAGACCGCCAACAAGCUCAUCGAGCACGUGCGCGUGCACACCGGGGAGCGGCCCUUCCACUGUGACCAGUGCAGCUACAGCUGCAAACGCAAGGACAAUCUCAACCUGCACAAGAAGCUGAAGCACGCCCCGCGCCAGACCUUCAGCUGCGAAGAGUGCCUGUUCAAGACUACUCACCCCUUCGUCUUCAGCCGCCACGUCAAGAAGCAUCAGAGCGCGGACAGCCCAGAGGAGGACAAGAAGGGCCCGGCCCCGGCCUCCCAGGAAGCCGGCGGCCCCGGGGCCCCGCUGCUGGUGGUCGGGAGCGCCCGCCACCUGCUGUCUCCGCUGUCGGUCAUGUCCGCCUCCCACGCCCUGCAGACUGUGGCCCUGUCGGCCGCCCACGGCGGCAGUGGCUCUGAGCCCAACCUGGCACUCAAGGCCAUGCCCUUGAACGGCUCCCCUCUGCGCUUUGACAAGUACCGGAACUCGGAUUUCGCCCAUCUCAUUCCCUUGACGAUGUUAUACCCCAAGAACCAGCUGGAUCUCACAUUCCACCCUCCCCGACCUCAGACUGCGCCGCCCAGCAUCCCCUCGCCCAAACACUCUUUCCUGGCCUAUCUGGGACUGAGAGAGAGAGCCGAGACUGUCUGA